ACUCCAAAUCUCACUGGCAGUGGACAUCAUAUUUGCAGUUAUAACGAAUAUUGUGAUUUCGAUACUUUGUGGCAUGGUAACAACGUGUUUUGAGGUGAAAUGGUGUCUAACUUCACUUGCGUUGGACACGGUGUUUGCCACUUUGAUAUUUCUGACAGCUAUAUAUUCGAAGUCAUUUACACUGCUGAGCUAUAAAUUCUCAUUUGUCUUUUCGGGAAUUAUGGGGUCGAUUUUCAUCAUUCUUGUGAUUUUCUCAGUGAUUCAGUCUCAUUUGGAGAUAGCCACUAAAUUGUUGCUUGGAUGUGUAAUCCUGCUACUGGCGAUAGUAAGUUACUGUGACUAAAUGUAACUGAUGAUUCUCAUUGACUCAUUUACCGUUUUUUAAAACUUUUGAGAUGGAAGGCAGUGACAUGAUAGUCAGUUGAUGAAAUCACCAUCGAAAUCUAAUCACAUGCAUCUCUGAACCUAAGUAAGAAAAAUACGCAGGUCUAUGAAAUACAUUAGUCCUCAUUUUAUUUAAUUGAUUGCAAACCAUUGCCAGUUGGGAUCAAAUUUUGGUGUAAGC